GGCGGUCUCGCCCCGCCCACUUGUUGCCAGAGAAACGCGUGUCCCGCCCGCUGUCCGUUGCCCUGGAGACGUUGGUGACAACAAGUCCUCCAAGACUCGGGGGCUGGAUAAAAACUGAAGUUUAAGAUGGAAAACGUGCCUGCUUCUGGGAGUUCCGAUGUAGCCCAACAGACAGAUGUAGAGAUAACAUCAGAAAAUAAUGAAAUAAAUCAAGAUAUGGCUUCUACUAUACACCAUGUACAAGAUGAGGCAAUACAUCUGGAGCAAGAUCAGAAUACUAAUCCUCAGAAUGAAGAAGUGCAAGAUCUGGGCCAGCAAUCGCAUAUGGAGAUUGAAGAGCCACCAGAUAUGUCAGAAGACCAGAAGAUGAAUGAGAAUAAGGAUGUCCUAGGAGAUCAAGAAAUAUCAGAAACGGUUCCACCCAGUGAAGAGAGGUCUUGUGAAACUGAGGGAAUCGCCGAGAUCCUUCAAGAGACACAGCAAAUCCAGGAAAACGAUGCACAGCCAUCUAUAACUGAAGAGGACAACCAGUCUCCAGAGGAGCAAGAUACCAAUCUUCAAAGCUCUUCAGGAAACAAACUUGAAAAGAAAAUGUCUUCAGAUGACUCCAGUGCUACAGCUACAGUGAAAGUAAUGCUAACACCUGAUGGCCAAGUAAUCACAGUUGCAUUUUCUAUUGGAAAAUCCAUUGAACACCUCAAGAAUUACUUUGCAUCCGAAAUGAAAAUUCCAGAAGCAGUCAUAAGGAUAAUGUUUGAAGGAAGAAUUGUAGAAGACAGUGAGACUCUAGUGGAUCUUGGUAUUAGACCUCAUGGAAUGAUUCAGCUGGACAUGCAGUCAAUGGAUCCUGAAAACCAUCCAAUUAAAGCUGUCAAACUUCAGCAGGAGUAUAGCAUGCCAGAUGUCAUUACCGUCAGGGUCCAAACAGGUGAUGAAACCUAUCAGGAUAUAGCAGUGGAAAUUGAAAGACUUAAUUACCGUAAACCUUAUUUGGGUGGAUAUCGGCAUAAGGUGACUAGUGUGGUGUUUCAUCAUGCUGGGACACAAACUGUACCCAAAAAGAGACCAGAAAAAGACAUAGUAGUGUUCUGCAGAGAUACACAGACAGUUUUUGAAAAGAACAAGACCCAACAGUCAAGAAAUACAAUGGCAACACAAAUGACAAACAUUGGUUGCUACAUUACAAAUAUAACAGACAGACUAAUAGAGCCAAAGAAAUAUGUGUCUGCUGAUGAAUUCCAUGCAAGAAGGCUGAAAGCAGUAAUUACAAUACAGACCUACUUCCGACGUUUUCACGCCAAAAGAGUGGUGCAGCAAUUGAAAGAAGAGAGAACACUAAGGUUGGAAUGGGAGGAAAAGGAGGAAUUAAGAAAAAGAAAAGAGAAGGAGGAAAGACUCGGGAAGGAGUAUGAGCGCAGAAUGAACCCCAAGAGCAAGGAAGACUUUGAGUUGCUGUAUCAUGCUCUUGAAUUGUGGAGAAAUGAAGAGGUGGAGCGAAUUAAUCAAAUCUAUACUGGUGCUGAAAGGAAAGCAGCCCUUUGUGCUCUUCUGGAACAAGAGACUCAUUUGAUCAGCUCCAUUGGCAGGCACAAAAUAGAUGCGGGUGAAGAGAACCAACAGAAAACUAUACAAAAUCUUCUAAAUAAGUGUUGUGAACCCAAACGAUGGAAGGCAUUUGACGGAAAAACUACUGAGAUGGAUACCCAAUUUACUCUCCGGGCCAGGGAACUACGUGACAUUUACAGCAGUAUCAACACCAAAUACUUCACUCGUGAUGAAAGGCUUGAUGCCCUUUUGACACUUAAGCAUACUGUCAAGGAACAUGACUGCAAAUUAACCCAAGAGAUUGUAGAGCUGAUUGACAGGGAAGCUGAUCUCCUAAUGCGAGGGGUGCAGAACUGCAAUCUAGAGGGACUUCGAAAGAGAAUAUCUACACUUUUCCUGCAGUAUAUAAAAACUCCUACUUUUAACCCUGAAAUUGCCAGGUUGCUCAGGGUUCCCCAGGACUCUGCAGUCUUCCGGAAAAACAUAUAUUUCUGUCCCAGUUGUAAAAGCUACCUCCCCUCAACUGAGUUUUCUCUGUCUGCUAAUGCUCGCACUAUUGGGCGGUGCCGGAAAUGUUCAAAAUUAGACAAUGAAGCUCGGCAGAGAGAAGAGUUUACAAAGUACAAAAUGUUACUCAAGCAGCUGAAAAAAUCAGAAGCAGAUUAUGGAGAUGACACCAAAAUUGCAUUCUUACUCCAGCAAGAAGAUCUCCAGUAUCUUGUUGAGAAUAUCUGGGGCUGUAAUUCUGCUUUAAGCGCCUGUGAUGACCUUUAUGAACUAGCCAUGGUGAGAUGGAACAAAUAUUACGAGUGGUCUCCAUGGAACUGCAUUCUCUUAACAAAAGAAGAGGCAGCAGCUCAUUUAAAACUCGCCAAUGCUGAUCAGGCUUAUGGCAUUGUUUUUAUUCGAAAGAUCAAGCACAGGCAUACUCUUGCCAAGAACUAUUUUUCACAGAUUCCCGAGAUGGCACCAUUUCUUCAUCGGGAGAAAUCAGAUCAGAUGUCUACAGUUAAUGAUUUGGUUAUUAGUAAACCUACUGCAGCCAGUCUCCAAGUCUAGAUUUGUUUCCCUGCUGAGUGCAGUGCCUUUAUGAUAUUCAUGUAAUAGCCUUGUAGUCUGUCAUCAUUAACUAAUUGUAUCAUGAAAUGUUAUGCUAGACUAAUUAUUCAGCGAAAUUCUGUAACAAUGUAUUUACAUCUAGAUAUGAGAUGGAUAAUGUGUUACUGUCAUCUUAUUAAAACAUUGGCAAAUGCAGCAGU